UUCACUAGCUAUUUGUCCACUGGCUAUAUGAGCCCAGGUGGUUUCUGCAUGAAUUACUUUUAGUUGAGUGUUCAAAGUGCAAAGUCAAUAAACGAAGUUAGACGGAAAAUGCCAGACCCUGUGAGCACCUGUACUUACAACCUUUUAUACCAAGAUUUGAAGAGGUUUUCCAAAAAUGGGGAGCAUUUCUGCAAGGAGCUCAUGACAGUAUUUCAGCAAAGGGCUGAGCUGGAGAUCAGUUAUGCCAAAGGACUACAGAAACUGGCAGGAAAACUCCUCAAGGUAUCCAAAGGAAUGAAUGGCAAUUCCACGUACCAGGCUUGGUGCCAUGUAUCUGAUGAAAUGUUCUCCACAGCAGACACACACAGGGCACUAGGGAAUGCUCUUCAGGUGGUUAUAUUGCGGUUUGUUCUCAGGGCACUAGGGAAUGCUCUUCAGGUGGUUAUAUUGCGGUUUGUUCUCAGAGCACUAGGAAAUGCUCUUCAGGCAGAAGCUAUUUCAGAUAUUCGGCAAGUCAUAGAGGAGCACAACAAGAGAAAGAGGACUCUCGAUACUGUUGUUGAGAAAACCAGGAAAAAUGUUAACACAAACUGGAGUGAACAAAUCAAGGUGAAGAAAACAUUGUUUGGAUUAACAAGAGAGCAUGAGGACCUGUUCAAUUUUGUUGAAAAUAAUGCUCACAUUUGCACGGAAAAAGAAAAACAGAAGAUGCUGAACAGACUGACAAAGUCUGCUGAGGCUCAGACUAGAGCAGAUGAGCAGUACUUCAACAUCAACAUGGAUGGUCAUCAAAUCAGACUGAAGUGGGAAAAUGCUCUGAAAAACUGUUACCAGAUAAUCCAGGAGCUCGAGAAACAGCGGCUAGAAGUUCUAUGUAAAAUACUGAAUAAAUACAACCUGUACAUGGCAAGCUUCAGACAGACCCUCAUACAUAGCCAGAAACAAAUAGAACAAGCCAUCCAGAGAGUCGAUGUGGAAAAAGAUAUCCUAAUCCUGUUGGAGGAAACUAGUGGAACAGCAGAGGACAACAAAGCAGAGUUUUUAAUGACCGAUUACUUUGAGGAGAACAGUAAGUCAUUAAUGGAAAAAGGCAGGAGAAAAGAGGCCAUCAGGUCCAAACUCCUGCGUCUGGAGGACUGUAUCACAAAAACAAAGAAGGACUGUGAUGGUCUUGACAGACUAAUUAAGAACUACUCAGACAACCCAUCAUUCUCCAGCAAAAAUAACCUGGAAGAAACCGAACAAUUACUUGAAGAGGCCACUUUAAAACUGGACCUUCUAGAAGCAACCCAUUACAAACUUUCCACCACAUUGGCUGAAUUAGAUGGAAAACCUAAGAGUUCGCAUAAAUUUUCUGACAGCAUAACAAAAUGGAAAGAAAAGGAUUGUGAGCACAGUAUUGUUCAACUGGCCCGUCCAGUCAAAAUCAGGAAGACACCUUUCAGAUUGCAUUUAAGGAGUUCUGUAAAUUACAAAAGACCCUCCGUUAGUGUAAAAUUAACAGAACCCUCAUCCAUGAAAGACAACGAUAACUACAGAACCGGCAUUCAAGAUGGUGCAGCUUCACAGGAAUGCAUGUCUGCCAAUAGGGCCAUGUCCAAGAAUGAAACAGAGGAAAGAGGUGCACAGUGGAUUUGCAUUGGGAAAUGCAAAGCUCUUUAUGAUUUCACAUCGGACAAAGAGGAUGAGUUGAAUAUGAAAGAGGGAGAUCUUCUUGAGAUCUAUCAAAAAGAAGACAGUGGAUGGUGGUAUGGGAUACUGAAUGGACAGAUAGGCCAUUUUCCUUCCACCUAUGUUGAGGAGCUGCCAAUGUUAAGUGUCGUAGAAACAUUUGAUGUAUGAUUUGGUCUGUGCAAGUGUGUGGCAAACCUCCCAGGGGGAAUGGCAUGUUGUGGUGGGCCAGAGAGUUUCAGGGGAGGCAUGAAAACAUUUGAAAGCAGUCAUAUCCUUUUUUAAAUGUUUCAUAAACAAGUCAAAUUGUAAAGCCCAAGUGAAGCUGUUGUCUAUUAGUGAGCACAUAUCAUUGGUUGAUGAAUGCAUUAUUUCAUGAAGUUCCAUCACUUCUUCCCAGUUAACAAUACAGCCAUGAGCUGCAGGGGAACGCUGAUCUUGCAACUGGCUCUAUGUAAUGUUGUUUACAGUUAUUGACUGCUAUUUAGAGAAAGCAGGGUUGUUUACUUGCUUAUCAGCACUGAUCAAAAAUAUUUGCUAUAGUACGGUAUUAAGCAUAGCUGUAAAAUAGGGACCUUAGCUGUUUUAAGGAUGACCAGGAUUCACCAGGAGAGAGGCAGAUGGACAGACCGGGUUAAAACAUGGAUUCAUAUAUUUACAUGGUUAUACCCUGCAAUACUAAAAUGAUAGGUUAUGUAGACUUCAUAGUAAGUGUAUGUUAAGAAUUCAGUCUUGGAAAAACAAUGCAGUUGCCUGGCCUCUUGUUUAAAACUUAAAGAGUAACCUCCUCCACUCUUAUCAUUAACUUAUGCAGGAUGGUGGUUUUAUUGAUCUCAGUUUGUCAGUCGGAGAGAAUCUUGUCAUUUCUCUUAUUUGUGUGGUAUUAUAUAAACAUUAUCAGUCUUGGAAAAUUACUCAAUUGUGGGGGGGGGGGGGG